CCCUCAUUGUCCAUUCAGUCAGCUGAGCAGAAACUAUGAGGAAGUUUUCCAGUUUGUUGACGAUAGAAUGUGUUGUCUGCUUUCAUCGAAAUAAUGUCCGUGUGAUCAAAGAACACAUAGCCUAGUCUGUCGCAGCGAAGAAGUGAAAUAAAACGUUGGCUAUAGGCCUAUUUUUGUCCUUUCCUAUUUUGGGACUAGUUGAUGAUUAUGGCAGUCAACGAAAAUGUACUCCGAAAAAUGCUGGCAAAGGGUUACAAAUACAGGGAUCUGACAGUGCGGGAAAUCAAUCAUGUCAUCACUCAGUACAAGGAUCUCAAACCUGUUAUGGAUUCAUAUGUGUUUAAUGAUGGAUCCAGCAGGGAGUUGAUGAGCCUGGCAGGGACUGUCCCCGUCAGCUACAGAGGAAAUACUUACAACAUCCCCAUCUGUGUGUGGCUGCUGGACACCUACCCCUAUAACCCCCCCAUCUGCUUUGUGAGGCCCACCAGCACCAUGAUGAUCAAGACAGGGAAACAUGUGGAUGCCAAUGGCAAAGUCUACCUGCCCUACCUGCAUGAAUGGAAACAUCCGCAGUCAGACCUGUUCAGCUUAAUCCAGGUGUUGAUUUUGGUUUUUGGGGAGGAGCCACCUGUCUUCUCGCGACCUACCACACAAACUCCGUACCAGCCCUUCCAGACAGCAGGCCCAACCGCUGCUGCCUAUAUGCCAGGCCCAACUGCCUCCUAUGGUCCCCCACGCUCACCCAACCCCAGUUUUCAGGGUUACCCCUAUCCUGCCGCCGGCAGCUACCCUCCCAGCCCAGGCCCGGGACACUUCACCCCCACAACACCCAGUGCCACCAUAGGCCCUGCUCGUGAUGCCACCAUUGGCGAGGACACCAUCAGGGCGUCCCUGGUGUCGGCGGUGAGCGAUAAGCUGCGCUGGCGGAUGAAGGAAGAGAUGGACCGCGCCCAGGCUGAGCUCGAUGCCCUUAAGAAGACAGAGGAGGACCUGAAGAGAGGUCAUCAGAGGUUGGAGGACAUGAUAAGCAGAAUUGGACAAGAGAUGACGGAUGUGGACAGGAACAUUGACCUCCUCAAGCAGAAGGACGAUGAUAUGAAAGCGGUGCUGGAGAAGAUGGACAACCAGUCAGAGAGGGGCGACAUUGAUGACGUCAUCGUUCCCACGGCGCCCCUCUAUAGGCAGAUACUGAACCUGUAUUCAGAGGAGAAUGCCAUAGAGGACACCAUCUUUUACCUGGGAGAGGCUCUCCGCAGAGGGGUCAUCGAUCUGGAGGUCUUCCUCAAGCAUGUACGGAUUCUCUCUCGUAAACAAUUCCAACUACGAGCUCUAAUGCAGAAAGCUCGAAAAACUGCUGGCCUAAGUGAGCUCUACUGAGCACUACAUCACUACACGCACACACACACACACACACACACACACACACACACACACACACACACACAAAGACAUCAUACAGACAAUUAGAAGUAAAACUGGAUGUUUUUAUGCCAUAUGCUUAUCUACAAUGUAGUAUGGAGGUUAUGACACUUAAAAAGGUCACUUACUGAACAGGGAAACUGCCAUCUGCAUAAACCAAGUAUUGUAGCAGUGAAAGUGCUCAUCCUAGUUGAAAUAUCAUUUGCCAAAUGGUAGGGAUUAAUCAAUCUGAGAAGGGUAGUUACAAUCAGACAUGCUUUGAAAUGUUUUAACAUACAUAUACAUUUGCUUGAAAUGAUCUACACUACAUAAAUGUAGGUCCACUUAUUAUCUUUAGUUGACAUCCGAUGCACACUUAAAAUUACUUUGCAGGAUACUGUUGUAUUUUACUGUUGUAUUUUAAAGUACUUUUUUAAAAAGGGGUGGGGGAGAGUGUAGAGUGGGGCUGUAUGUGUGAAAGGGUGUGUUGCCCUCACUAGUGUCAGACAAAACCAAAUCAAGUUAAAAUGAAGGACCAAUUUCUUUUCUUCUAGUCUAUAAUCUCUUGUUGUUUGUCUGUUUACAUAGACAUAAGGUUAACAUAAAUAUUCCAAGCAGCCUUAUUUUCUAAAGGGAAACAUAUAUAUAUAACCCAGUUGACAAAUAUGUCAUUUCAUUUAUUUUUACGUGCUAAUAUUUGUUAUAGUUUUAGGUGAGUUGCUGAAUGAUUCAGUAACACUAAUUGUGAACUGUAACAUCUCCACACUCCUAAGGAAUUUGCACAAUAAGCUCAUUAACCAGAAUUUCAAUUGACAACGAUGUAAAACUCUGGUGAAUGUGUCAGGAAAUUCUCAUGUUAUUCAGUUAUUUUUUUAUGCUUAGGCCUAUAUGAUAGAUAUCAAUCAUUUUUACAACUUUAAUAUUCAUUAUUUUUUAACAUACCUAACAGAACUACCAGUAUGCAGUGAUCAUGUUACAUUGUCUUAAUUACAGCAUAUACAUUUGAUAUUGUUCCACUACAUAAGUGCUCAUGUACUUUUCAUUAAAAUGUGUUAAUAUUAA